CUCCCUCCCACAUUCGCCAGUUCCCCGUUUGGUGCGGUGCUUUCCUGUUCUCGCCCUGUCGGUCUCCUCUGCUUCUCUCUCGGUGCUCGCCCUCCCGAGACGCUCGCUCGCCUGCCUGUCGGCCUCUCUCCAUCUCUCCUUCUCCCUUUCUCUCUCUCGUGUGCGCUCCGGUUCCGUUUCUCCGGCCGCCGCCGCUGCCCUGCUGGUGCCGGCGCCGCGCUUUCCCCCCCGCGUCGCGCCCGCAGCCUAUGGCCCAGGCCGCCUUGGGUAUUUCUGCUCAAGGUAACCACAUCCCUCUUUAAAAAUUCCGCCGAAAAAGAGAAGACGCUUUACCCGACUCUUUGGGCCGUUAUCUCACGGCGAACUUUCUGACCAAGUAUACAACUACCCAGAAGGCCUAGGAGAAGUGCUGUAUAGAGAGCAGUUCGACUUCAACGCUGAGCCACCUUGGGAACCUAGCUGAUGAUAGGGGGGUUCCAUCUCCUAACUUGUCCAUUUUGUUGCAUAUUCUAAGGACCCAGACAUAAGGCUUGGUGGCCCGUCUCUUGUUUUUCCUGGUUUAUGACUUUCGGCUUUGUGGAAUACGGCUGAGAUGAAAGGAUUUAUUGACGAUGCAAACUACUCCGUUGGCCUCUUGGAUGAAGGAACAAACCUUGGAAAUGUUAUUGAUAACUAUGUUUAUGAACAUACCCUGACAGGGAAAAAUGCAUUUUUUGUGGGAGAUCUUGGGAAGAUAGUGAAGAAGCACAGUCAGUGGCAGAAUGUAGUGGCCCAGAUCAAGCCAUUCUACACAGUAAAGUGCAACUCUACUCCAGCUGUGCUUGAGAUUUUGGGAGCUCUUGGAACUGGAUUUGCUUGUUCCAAUAAAACUGAGAUGGCAUUAGUGCAAGAAUUGGGUGUAUCUCCAGAAAACAUUAUUUACAUAAGUCCUUGCAAGCAAGUAUCUCAGAUAAAGUAUGCAGCAAAAGCUGGAGUGAAUAUCAUGACAUGUGACAAUGAAAUUGAACUGAAGAAAAUUGCACGUAAUCACCCAAAUGCCAAGGUCUUACUACAUAUUGCAACAGAAGACAAUAUUGGCGGUGAAGAGGGUAACAUGAAGUUUGGCACUUCCCUGAAGAACUGUAGGCAUCUGUUGGAAUGUGCUAAGGAACUUGAUGUCCAAAUUAUUGGAGUUAAAUUUCAUGUUUCAAGUGCUUGCAAAGAAUCUCAAGUAUAUGUACAUGCACUUUCUGAUGCUCGCUGUGUGUUUGACAUGGCUGGAGAAUUUGGCUUCACAAUGAACAUGUUAGACAUUGGUGGGGGCUUCACAGGAACUGAAUUUCAACUGGAAGAGGUUAAUCAUGUUAUCAGCCCUUUGUUGGAUAUCUACUUUCCUGAAGGAUCUGGCAUUAAGAUAAUUUCAGAGCCUGGAAGCUAUUAUGUGUCUUCUGCAUUUACACUUGCAGUUAAUAUCAUUGCAAAGAAAGUUGUUGAGAACAAUAAAUUUUCCUCUGGAGAAAAAACCGGAAGUGAUGAACCAGCCUUCGUGUAUUAUAUGAACGAUGGUGUUUAUGGUUCUUUUGCAAGUAAACUGUCUGAGGACUUAAAUACCAUUCCAGAGGUUCACAAGAAAUACAAGGAAGAUGAGCCUCUGUUUACAAGCAGCCUUUGGGGUCCAUCCUGUGAUGAGCUUGAUCAAAUUGUGGAAAAUUGUCUUCUUCCUGAGCUGAAUGUGGGAGAUUGGCUUAUCUUUGAUAACAUGGGAGCAGAUUCUUUCCAUGAGCCAUCUGCUUUUAAUGAUUUUCAGAGGCCAACUAUUUAUUACAUGAUGUCAUUCAGUGAUUGGUAUGAGAUGCAAGAUGCUGGAAUUACUUCAGACACAAUGAUGAAGAACUUUUUCUUUGUGCCUUCUUGCAUUCAGCUGAGCCAGGAAGACAGCUUUACCACUGAAGCUUAAACAGGCAUUAACACUUCUUUAGAUCUGGAGUUGCAGAUUAAGCUUGUCUGGUCUACAUUCCAAUGUGAAAAAAAAUCUAAACAAUUUUAUUUUAUUCUCUUGGAAACAAAAACUUAGUAAUUACUAUUUGGGACCAGACAAAAUCAGCUUUUAUCAUAACUCAUUGGGAAUAAUUGGGAGAUCUAUCUAGAUAAUGUAUUCAGAUUUAAAAUUUAACAGUUUGUCCAACCCCUUAAGCAUUUAAAAUAAAAUAUGCAACAAAAUGGAUGACUUAGUGGAGAUGGAAGCCCAUUAAGUGGGUUCCCCAUUCAACCGUUUACAUACAAGUACAGUUUUUAUACUAAGGAUUCGUGUUAAAAAGUCUUGUAAAAAUUAAUGUCUUUCACCCAGAUAUAACAUGUCAGUGAAAGACCAUUGUGACUUCAUUAGAUACGUUUAGUGUAUUUAGAAUGUGUAAAUUUGUGCUUUGAACUGUAGUUUAAUAAAUGUAAAAUUGCAUCAUAGUAUUUGUUGUAUUUGACCUAAUGUAACCCUUGUAUGAUUGCAAUAAAAUUUUAUGUAGAUUUUACUGUUUUUCAGGCUAAAAUUUUGGGAAAGGGGCUAGCUAGUAAAGUUAGUUUUGAAAUAGAUGUGUAUGUGAACUGUUUUGAAGGUUAUUUUCCUUUAUAUAGCCCAUCUAGGUUUUGUUUGGCUCAGUACAUUUUUCAGUUAUUUAAUAAGUAAUUUAAGAUAUUUCUGGUAGAUCAUUGUGAAGUUCAGAUUCAUUGGAGAGUUGAUGUGCAGUAAGCAUGAUUGAUGUUUAACAAUUUUAACACCAAAACUGUUAAUCCUGCAUAAGCCAAUUGUAAUAAUAGGUGUUUCUGUAUAGAUAGAAUGCAUAGAGUACAUUAGUAAAUUCUUGAAUCACAAGUCUUUCAGCUGAAAUGGAAGAUUCUAUUAAAUUAAUGCUUUGAAUAAACUUGGGGGGAGGGGAAUAAAUUGCAGAAAACUGCAGAAGGGCUACAUCUAAUCCAGAAACCUGCUGCUCAUUUGCACGGAGUGUGAUAAUUUAAACUCAGAGUUGUUAGGGGUUGGAAUAAAGCACACCUACCUAUCUUCAGUUUCUUCAUUAUAGUGAUCUCAAACCUAGGGAUUUGUUUUUAUCUUAGCUACCCAUUCAGUUUCUUAAUUACUAUUUGCUUAACUUUCCAUACAAAAUGCUUGUGAUUGGAGGAAGUGAGUUAGCAUCAUUAGACUGUGAUGUUGCAGGGAACCUGUGCUCACUGCUAGUAGUUAGUGAUCCUAGAUCGCAAUCAUAAUAGUGAUAAGAAAACAGGAGUCAUUUUUUCCAAACUUAUCCUAUGUUCAGAUGUGGAAUUUCUGUCCCACAAGAGGAAAUGUGACUUCACUUUGGUGCCAAUGGACAGAAAAUUCUACCUGUGCUACAUAAGAGAAGUUUGGAAUGCACUUAAAAAACUGGUUUUUACACCUUGAUUUCAAGGUAGAAAGAAAUUGAUCAUGAGUCUCUAAUAGAUUUCAGUCUCUUUAAACCAGUAGGUGCUUAAUAAUUUUUGAUUUGAUCAGUGCCCAUUUGGAUUUCAUGGGUCCUGUUAAUGAAACAAUAAUAAUCCAAUUCAUUUUCAUCUAAUAGUAUCCUUGGUCUUUGCCCAAGGUGUAAGAGGUUUUAUGCAAAAUUCCAAGCUACCAUGCAACUUUUUUUAAAUUAGGAAAGAACUGUUCCUGACCUUCCUUACAUGAGCUUUGUGGUCCAAAAAUGCCAAACACUUUGAGAACAAGGUACAGCUUUGAGCUUUGUGGCAUGUUGAUUUUGCCAUUUCUACAGGAGAACUGUUAAUGUAUUUUAACAGCUCAGAAUUGCAAAAGUCACCUGUGGCUGGUAUGGCAUCUUUUAAAUGUCUGUAUUGUAUUUGAAGUUUGAACCUAUGUAUUUAAAAUUGAUAUGCUGAAGAGUACUGAAUUAAUGUAAUAAUUUUUUUUAUAAUGUAACCUCAGUUCAGAACCUAAUUGAAAAUAUAAAACCCAAAUGAUUUCUAUAUAGUAAAAAAUGAACUGUAAAGGUAACGUGUGUGAUUCUGAAUACAGAGAUGAAAUGUCUCAA